UUGGAGAUAUAUUCCCCAGAAGGGUUGAGAAUCGAUGGAAGAAGAUGGAAUGAGUUGCGUCGUUUUGAAUGCCAGACCAAUACCCAUCCAAACUCGUCAGAUGGAUCGUCAUAUGUUGAACAAGGUAACACCAAAGUGAUAUGCAUGGUUCAAGGACCCAUGGAACCUUCAUUAAGAUCACAAGCCAACACAACAGAGGCUACAAUAGAGGUGAAUGUAAAUGUGGCGAACUUUUCCACAUUUGAAAGAAAGAAGAGAACGAGAACAGAAAAGAGAAUAGUCGAAUUGAAGGCAACUUUAGAAAAGACCUUCGAACAGAGCGUGAUGUGCAACUUGUACCCAAGAACUGUGAUACAGGUGGACAUACAUGUGCUAGCACAGGAUGGUGGAUUGUUGGCCGGGAUGACCAAUGCAAUGACCUUAGCCUUAAUCGAUGCAGGGAUUGCAAUGUACGACUAUGUAUCAUCCGUUAGUGCUGGUUUACAUGAUCAGACCCCAUUAUUGGACUUGAACAGUUUGGAGGAAAACGAUAUGAGUGCCAUUACCAUUGGUGUAGUUGGAAAGAGUGAAAAGUUAGCAUUGUUGAUGUUAGAGGAUAAAAUGCCUUUGGAUCAAUUGGAAUCUGUUCUCGCUAUUGCCAUAGCAGGAAGCCAUCGUAUUCAGGAUUUAAUGGACACGGAGCUUAGGAGACAGGGAAACAUACGGGCAUCCAAGAUGACUCAGAGUUAAUGUACAAUAGAAAUGCAUAGAAGACACGUUUUUGAUGAUGUAGUUAUUAGUAUAGUAAAUAAUUGCUUUAUCAGGGUGCCACAAAAAUUGCAAGUAACU